AUGGGGGACUCCCUUAGGAGACCCCAACUCAUCCCACUGGAUGCCAGCUCAUCCUGCGUGUGGGUGCAUGUAGCUCCUAAAGAUGACGUGGAUGAUCAGUGGGUGUCCAACUCUAUGGGUAACCUCCCUAUUCCACCUCACACUCCACUUUCACCUACACAUCAACGGAUCCAUACGGGUGAGAAACCCUUUAAAUGUUCCGACUGUGGGAAGGAGUUUAACUGCAGGUCCAAUUUAUCAAAGCAUCGCCGCAUCCACACGGGAGAAAAACCCUUUAAGUGUCUGGAGUGUGGGAAGGAGUUUACCCAGAGAUCCCAUUUGUCAAAACAUCACCACAUCCACACACAUCGCCGUAUCCACAGAGGAGAGAGACCCUAUAAGUGUCUGGAGUGUGGGAAGGAGUUUUCCCGGAGUUCCAGUUUAUCACAGCAUCACCACAUCCACAAGGGAGAGAGACCCUAUAAGUGUCUG